UGGUUCUAAGUACGAGUUCAAGUUCCAACAUCUACCCGUUCCGUUUGUUUGGAUGUCGCUCGCGAGUCGAGAUAUCCUUCUGAGUUAUGUCCCGCGCCACUGCAACAGCAAAAGAGUGAAGCCAUGAACGAGCCCUCUUCAUCCCUCGAGGUCGAGGCAACGUCGACUGUCGAUUCCGAUUCGCCACCAUCUAUCCUCAUCCCUAGCCUACCAGACGACGUCGCUUUGCAAUGCAUCGCGAGGGUCCCACGGUUCUACCACUGUGAUCUCUCCCUCGUCUGCAAAUCCUGGCGAUCGAUCCUCCGUUCUCCCAUCUUCUUCUCCACCCGUUCCCAGCUCAACUGCACCCAAUGCUUCCUUUUCAUCAACGUCCGCAUCCAUGGAUCUUCUUUCAAAUGGUUCGUCCUCGGUCAGAACCCUCGUAACGCUAGAAAUCCCAGGAAUCUCUCUCCCGUCCUUCCCAUCCCUUCUCAGGCCAUUGGCUCUGCCUUUGCCGUCAUUGGCCCUAAAAUCUUCGUCAUCGGUGGUUCAAUUAACGACAUUCCCUCGACGAACGUUUGGAUCUUCGAUUCUCGCUUCAACAAAUGGGAAGCCGGUCCCAAGAUGCGAGUCGGCAGGGAAUUUGCCGCCACCGGCGUUGUAAAUGGAAAAAUUUAUGUUCUUGGAGGUUGCGUGGUCGAUUCUUGGGCUCGCUCGACCAACUGGGCUGAAGUGUUCGACCCGGUAACUGGGUCGUGGACUCCUGUUCCCAGUCCGGUGGAUGUUAGGGAGAAAUGGAUGCAUGGGAGCGCAGUCAUCGACGAGAAAAUAUACGCAAUGGCAGAUCGAGGAGGGAUUGUCUACGAUCCUACGAAGGCGUCGUGGGGCUAUGUAUCGACUGAGCUGGAUUUGGGGUGGAGAGGAAGAGCUGCCGUCGUCGACGGGGUUUUAUAUUGUUAUGACUAUUUGGGAAAGAUAAGAGGGUAUGACGUGAAGGAAGGUUUAUGGAAGGAGUUGAAGGGGGUGGAGAAGGAUUUGCCUAAGUUUUUAUGUGGAGCAACUAUGGCUAAUGUUGGAGGAAGGUUGUGUGUGGUUUGGGAGGGAAAGGAGACGGGUAAACAGAUGGAAAUAUUAUGUGCGGAGGUUGAGGUCUGGAAGGAUAGUUGUGGGGGACUGUGGGGUUCAAUUGUUUGGUCGCAGGUGAUUCUGGUCAUCCCCAGUGGUUCUUCAAUCGUUCAUUGCUUGUCGGUUGGACUGUGAACGUUGCCUGGAAUAUGAACCUUGCCCAAAGGUGAAGGUUGUCUUAUACUCUUAUUUUACAGGUUUCUUCUUGUGUAAUAUAUGAUUUAAGAAAUAAAACUUGGCUUUAGGUUGGGGUUUAAAAUUGUGCUUUUCGCCCUUCCUAUAUUUUAUUAUUUGUUAUAAUGAUAAUAUAUUUUGUUAUAUGGUCAACUUAUUAGUGAUUGCUUUAUUGUUGCA